AUGAAGAACCUCAUCAAGAUUAUCCUUUUGCUUUCUAUCAUUUGUCUUCUCCUAACAUCAGCACUUGCUCUCGGCGGCGGAAGAGGUGGCGGCGGUAGCUCCGGUGGUGGAGGAAGAGGUGGCGGUGGUGGCGGCGGUGGCGGCAGCGGAGGAAAAGGCGGCGGUGGCAGGUCUAGAGGAGGUGGUGUUACUGGCGGUGGUGGCGGCGAUGAUGGCGGCGGCAGCGGCGGAGGUGUUGGCGGCAGGUGGAAGCCGAUACCUCGUGGUGGUCAUCCGACAACAAGGAGCAGUGCAUCAUCUAAUUCAUUAGGAUAUUGGUCUUUUGCUCUUGGCAGCUCCGGCGGUGGAGGAAGAGGAGGCGGUGGUGGUGGCCGUGGUGGCAGCGGCGGCGGUUGGUGGCCGGAAACUCGAGGUGUUCAUCCGGUUAUUAUUAGGAGUAGUGCAUCUAGUAGUUCAUUAGGUCCUAUAGAGAUGAAGAAGAAGAAUAGAGAAAUUAGCUUGUUUUCAAGAACCAAUAUUAAUGUCAUAGUAUUGGUUAAGGUUUUUCUUGUUCUUAUACUAAUGUCAACCGUGUUUGUACCGUCAGCAGAGGGGAUUAAAGGCGGUAUAGGAGGAGGACGAGGAGGAGGAGGUUUCCGGGGAUUCACAGGGCGGAGAACCGGUGGUGAUCCUAAUAAGAAACACCAAUCAAGUGCUUCAUCAUCUUACUCUAAGCUUGCUUCAAAUAGUCUCUUUAUUCACCUCCUUAUUGUCUUCCUUUGGAUGUAA